GGCGGCGGCGGCGUUGGCGCUCAGGCCGCGGCGCGAGGCCGGUCGGCCGGCAGGGGGAGGCGGGGGGCGCGGGGCAGCCCCGCCUUUCCCCCCGAGGAGCCGCCGGGCGGCCAUAUUGCGGAGCUGUCUGCGGCGGCGGCGGCGCCUGUCCUCUCCGGCGUCUCCGCGCUCCGACCCCCGCCUCGCCCUCCCGGCCGCAGCCGCGCAGCCCGGCACCGCGCCUCAGCCCCACCGCCGCCGGGAAGGAGCCGCUCGCUCCCCGGAGGUAAUAACAGAAUUUGUAAACAUAGAAUUUUUAAAGAAGUCAGCAAAAAGAGAGCAAAAAUGCCGAAACCAAUUAAUGUAAGAGUAACUACAAUGGAUGCUGAACUGGAAUUUGCCAUUCAGCCUAAUACAACUGGCAAACAACUUUUUGAUCAGGUGGUGAAAACCGUUGGUUUGCGUGAGGUCUGGUUCUUUGGAUUGCAGUAUGUGGACAGCAAAGGUUAUUCUACAUGGCUUAAGCUAAAUAAAAAGGUAACACAGCAAGAUGUUAAAAAAGAGAAUCCUUUGCAGUUCAAAUUCAGAGCUAAAUUUUUUCCUGAAGAUGUUUCUGAAGAAUUAAUUCAAGAAAUAACUCAGAGACUUUUCUUCUUACAAGUUAAAGAAGCGAUCUUAAAUGAUGAUAUAUAUUGUCCACCAGAAACAGCAGUUCUUUUGGCUUCCUAUGCUGUCCAGGCCAAGUAUGGAGAUUAUAAUAAAGAGAUUCAUAAACCAGGAUAUCUGGCUAAUGAUAGACUGCUUCCCCAGCGUGUUUUGGAACAGCACAAAUUGACAAAAGAGCAGUGGGAAGAAAGAAUACAAAACUGGCAUGAAGAGCAUAGAGGAAUGCUCAGGGAAGAUUCCAUGAUGGAAUACCUGAAGAUUGCACAAGACCUAGAAAUGUAUGGAGUCAACUAUUUUGAAAUAAAAAAUAAAAAGGGAACUGAAUUGUGGCUAGGCGUUGAUGCUUUGGGUCUGAAUAUUUAUGAGCAUGAUGACAAGUUAACUCCAAAAAUUGGUUUUCCCUGGAGUGAAAUCAGAAAUAUUUCAUUUAAUGACAAAAAAUUUGUUAUAAAGCCAAUCGACAAGAAGGCACCUGAUUUUGUAUUUUAUGCACCUCGUCUGAGAAUCAAUAAACGGAUUUUGGCCUUAUGUAUGGGAAACCAUGAACUGUAUAUGCGAAGAAGGAAACCUGAUACUAUUGAGGUACAACAGAUGAAAGCACAGGCCAGAGAAGAGAAACAUCAGAAACAGAUGGAGAGGGCACAAUUAGAAAAUGAAAAGAAGAAAAGAGAAAUAGCGGAAAAAGAAAAGGAAAGAAUAGAACGGGAAAAGGAAGAGCUAAUGGAACGUCUAAGGCAAAUUGAAGAGCAGACAAUGAAAGCCCAGAAAGAACUAGAAGAACAGACCCGAAAAGCCCUAGAACUGGACCAGGAACGAAAACGAGCAAAAGAAGAAGCAGAAAGGCUUGAAAAAGAGCGCCGAGCUGCUGAAGAGGCCAAGUCUGCUAUAGCAAAACAAGCUGCUGACCAGAUGAAGAAUCAGGAGCAGCUAGCAGCAGAACUUGCUGAAUUUACUGCCAAGAUUGCACUGCUAGAAGAAGCCAAGAAGAAAAAGGAGGAGGAAGCUACUGAGUGGCAGCACAAAGCUUUUGCUGCUCAGGAAGACUUGGAAAAGACCAAAGAAGAGUUAAAAACUGUAAUGUCUGCACCACCUCCACCACCAGUUAUUCCUCCAACAGAAAAUGAACAUGACGAACAUGAUGAAAAUAAUGCAGAGGCUAGUGCUGAACUAUCAAAUGACGGGGUAAUGAACCAUAGAAGUGAGGAGGAACGUGUAACAGAAACACAGAAAAAUGAGCGUGUUAAGAAACAACUCCAGGCUUUAAGUUCAGAAUUGGCCCAAGCCAGAGAUGAAACCAAGAAAACACAAAACGAUGUUCUUCAUGCUGAGAAUGUUAAAGCAGGUCGUGAUAAGUACAAGACUCUGCGGCAGAUUCGACAAGGCAAUACAAAGCAGCGUAUUGAUGAGUUUGAAGCAAUGUGGGGACCCAAACUAUAUGCAUUAUUCCAGAUGCGUUCUUGCCAAAGCAGUAUAAAGCAAAUGUAGGAGGAAAAAGACUCCUUCCCUCAUGAGGUUCCUGCCACCUGAUUUAUGGCCAAUUUCAAGAUAAGGACCUACCAAUACAUGUCUGAUGCUCUGAAUGUGUAUCUCCCCCAAGUCUAGAAUUUCAGCAGAUGGAUGAAUGUUCCCUCAACCAGGGCUUUUGCCAAUGGUUCUCUCUAUAUCUCAGUGUACCAUUUUCCCCCUUUCUAGCUAUUUGUCUCUCUCCAGCCCUCUUUGUUGCCUUUCCUAGGGUCAGACCUUGGAAAGAUGGGCAUGGACCCAGGAUUUCUGCACUGAUUGAACCCUACAGUUCCAAGCCAGCAUAUCAUCUUCAUGGCACCAUCCCCCAAAGCUAAAGGCAUCAGAUUCUCAGAGUCCACUUCUUUUUUUUCUGCAUGACUAGCUUGUAUAGAGAGAUAUACGGAGAGAAUUUAUAAGAAUUUCCACUUUUUAAAAAAAGUACUUAACUUCUUUUGGGCUUUGAACUAAGAGAAUACUCAGUGAUGUACGACUCUGAUAAUUUGUGUAUAUCUGUGGAAUCUUGAGGAAUUGAUGCAACAUUCCUUUUCCUGUCUGGGCUGUUUGUAUACUUGUAUAUAUGUAGCAAUAAAUAUAUUCUAACACCA